UAUUAGAUCGUAGCUUUCAUUUUUUUUAGACUUUCAUAUUUUCAAUUGUUUUACAUAGGCCUAUUUGAAACAAUUAGACCACUUUAGAUCAAGAAACUGAAACCAACAACAAAUGAAGACUUUCUUAUUCUAACAUAACCACACUACUCUUUAGCUCCAGUGAUAUGGCCAGUGACCUAGAUGAUAUUUUUGAGGCCCUAAAAGAUACCUUUCAGGAGUAUAUGCCAAAUGAGGUGUCACAACUGAUUGUUGACAAAAUUAAACUAUAUGAAGGAAAGAAAAUGAUAGUUGAAUUGGACAAUACAUCAACAGGGCUGUCAGUAACACAUAGAUUAUUGGAAUGGGUUUCAAACUCUAAUGUUUGUUGCUUUAUAGAUGCAUUAAAUGAUCUCUCCCUAGAAAAAGAUAUUCCUCUCUUGAUGCUUCCUGAAUCACUUGAUGUGACACAAGAUAGCAAAACAUAUGUCCAGUUUCUAUGUCUUUUGUUAGAUGGCAGUUUUAUAACGGCACUGACCAAGCAGAAUUUAGACGUCAUCAUUGAUAAUCUUGUUAAAGCUAAUUGUAUUUUACGGAAGUACAUCCCUACUUGCAAGUGUAUUGAAGAUCCACAUCAUUGUUCAAUGAAAAUAUUUAAAUCUUUGUGUAAAAGAAAGCCAGUGUGGCCAUUUAUAUUUAUUGAUGCUGCUCUUGUAUGUCAGCCAAACCUUUCUGGUUUAAUAAGUGAUGGAGCUAGUUCUAUUAACAGAUAUAAGAGGAGAUGUGUGAACUCACUUGAAUUGCACAAAGAUGUUUAUAUUCCAAAAUCGGCAUCAAUAGCUAGUAGCUUACAAACAUAUUCUGUGACUUCAACAAGUUCAGAAGAUCAGGAUAAUGAAAGUUUUACAGAUUGUGAUUUAGAAGAGGACUUGCGUUAUAAGCUUAACCCUGGAGAUAUUGGUGAUUACAAAAAUGAACAGAUAUGGAGCUUCAUUUACACCUCUGGAGCUCUUGGUUAUGAUGAAAUUUCUGAAGUUCCAAAUAAAGAAUCGGUUGUGGCAAGAGAGAAUUUUGAACAAUACAAUUUCUCUGAUGAUGAAGAUGAGGUAAACUCAGAACCUGACAAUGACAAUGAAGAAACUCCGGAGCUAGUACUAAGAAACUAUCAGCAUGAGCUUGCAGAAAAUGCUCUGGAAGGAAAAAACACAAUUAUUUGUGCACCUACUGGGUCAGGAAAAACUAAAGUUGCUCUACACAUCAUACUUUCACAUCUGCAAGAAAAUAUUCUUAAAAAAAAUCAGCCAUGUAAAGUUGCAUUUAUUGCUAAAACUGUACCAUUGGUUAUGCAGCAGUUUAGGUGUAUUGAAAAGUUUUUGCCAACAAAAUUUAAAGUUACCCACUUGACUGGAGAUAGUGAGGACAGUACCAAUCUUCACAUUCUAAUGAAAGACUUUGAUGUUAUUGUCAUGACACCAAAGAUCCUAGAAAACCACCUGAUCAAGAAGUGCUUGCCCCACCUAGGUGUUUUUUCAAUGUUGAUAUUUGAUGAAUGUCACCAUACUCGCAAGGGGGAGACCUACAACAGCCUUAUGUUUGAAUACAUAAAAACCAAAUAUAGUAAUAACAGUCUAAGUCUCCCACAAAUAAUAGGUUUGACAGCAUCAAUUAGUAUUGGAGGUGCAACUGAGGAGGAAGUAGCAGUAAAAAAUAUUUUAAAGAUAUUGGGAAACAUGGAUGUUGAAUGCAUAUCUAUGGUUGUGAAACAUGAAGCAGAGUUGAAAGAAAUAGUUCCAGUUCCAACUGAAAUGAUGUUUCACCUGCAACAACGGCAGACUGAGGAUUGUUUUGUUAAGAUAAUUUCAUUAAUUUCUUCAUUGGAGCUCUUAAUCAAUGAACAUGAUGCAAAUUUAAAGAGUACGUGGCUUGGAAAUCAUGUCAAUAAAAUGCCAUGUCAAAAGAAUGGCCAGCUGUAUGGACAAUGGGCAGUAAAACUGAUGAAUAUUUCAAAGACUCUGCACAAAGUUAAUGAGACUGAACAAAAUCUAGUUUCUAAUCAGUCUGCUAGAUCUUUAUACAUAAUAGCUGAGUACUUAAUUGCCUAUAAUUUUGCCCUUGAAAUGUAUGAUCUUGUUCAAGUAAAAGAUAUGAUGGAUUAUUUGAAUAAACGUUUGGAUAAAUAUAGUAAAAAUAAAAAACAAACAAAAGUAGAAAAAUUAUGCUGGGAUUAUUUCCAGGAUUUACAGGAAUACAUGAAUAAAAACAAAGAUUUGGAUAACCCUAAUCUUGCAAAACUUCGUGAGACAAUUGUCAGUGUACUAACCAGUAAUAAUGAUAGCAAAUCCUGUGGAAUAAUUUUUGUUCGCACAAGAGCUCUGAGUUAUGCUCUAACCUCUUGGUUGAAACGAAGUGCAGAUCCACAGAUAAGAAAGCUAAAACCUUCCAUUUUUACUGGCACAUCUUCGACCACAGAUAAAGGAGGUAUGAGUCAAACAGCCCAAGAGAAGGUUAUACAAGAAUUUAGAUCUGGUGUUGUUAGACUGCUUGUAUCCACAUCUGUGGGCGAAGAAGGGCUGGAUAUUCCAGAAUGUAACUUAGUGAUCAAGUACAAUCAUAUUGGCAAUGAAGUCACUACUGUGCAAACCAGAGGUAGAAGUCGAAAAAAAGGUGGAAUAUCAAUUCUCUUGGCAAUGCCAGAUCUCAUAAAUAAGGAGACUAUCAAUAAGGAAAAGGCUGAAAUGAUGCACAGAGCAUUAAAGACUAUCAGCGAGAUGAAACAUCAUGAAAUUUGUGAUUCUAACCAAAAGAACCAGGAAGCAGCUUUAGAUGAAGAAGCUAAAAGAUUAGAAAGAGAGAAAAAUAAAGAAAAAAAAUUAAUUAAACAACCUUUCAAGAUGAUAUGCCAGAUGUGUGGAAGCCUUGUGAUUGACAGCAGUGACAUCAGGACAAUAAAACAAUCGCACAGGGUUGUUGUAGACUGGAAAAUAUUUGAGCAAGUAAAAGUUUAUCCUUCUAGACAAACCAAGAGCUUUAAUGGUGUUAAAAAAGUAGGAUCAGUUCAUUGCAGGAGGAAUCCAGAAACUGGUUCUCUGUGCCAUAAUAAAAUUGGCAGCAUGAUGAUUUAUUCAGAGAUUCCAUUCAUAGCUCUAGGAAUAGAAAAUUUUGUUUUUAAUUGUGAUACAGAGAAAGUUGGCAAUCAAUUCUUCAAAAGAUGGAAGAAUGUACCUUAUGUUAUAGAGGAAAUAACAGAAGCAGAUUUUAAAAGAUAUUCCACUGGACACACAAAUCAAGCACAAAUUUUUAAUAACAUAACUGGCAAUGUUGAAGCAGUCAAUUUAUGAGUAACCAAAACUAGGCUGUAAUAAAGCAUAUUAUUUAUCUCAA